AUGCUCAUAAAUAUUUCAUAGGAGAGAGCAAAGUUGGUCUAAGUGGGGGCUGUGAUAUUGUGAUAUAACAAUCCAAAACAGAGCACAAAUCCUGAGAAAGAUAAAUAGAACAAAAGGGGUUUAGACUCUACAAGUGGGAAACACUAGUAGAGCUCUUAACUUUGCUCUCUCCUUUGAAAUGCUUACUCCAUAGCAAAGCAGAGAAUUUUUUGUUCUUUCCUGGUGUGCAGAACAUAACAUUCAAUUCAUCCAAUACUUUUCAAGAGAAAGAGGAACCAAGAAAUAUGGAGGUGGGUCAGAUGCAGAGACAGUGGGUUGACUACACAAAGUCUUUGUUCAUGGAGAGGUAUCUGGACUCCCAGUUUUUACAACUUCUGCAGCUACAAGAUGAGAGCAACCCUGAAUUUGUUGUUGAAGUGGUGUCUCUCUUCUUUGAUGAUACUGAAAAGCUUCUUAAUGAUCUCACUGCAGCUCUAGAACAGCAAUGUGUUGACUUCAAAAGAGUUGAUGCCCAUGUUCACCAGUUGAAGGGUAGCAGCUCUAGCAUAGGUGCAGAGAGAGUUAAAAAUGGCUGUGUUGCUUUUCGCAACCUCUGUGAGGAGCAGAACACUGAUGCGUGCCUUAGAUGUCUUCAACAAGUAAAACAAGAGUACUAUCUUGUGAAGAACAAGCUUGAAAAUCUAUUCAGGCUGGAGCAACAAAUUGUGGCAGCUGGUGGGUCAAUUCCUAUGAUGGAAUUAGGAUUAUAAGGCUUACCAAAAGCUAAAAAACAAAAAAAACAAAAAAAUCAGACAAAACAAGAAGACGAGGGGUGGGGUUUGUUGUAGAGAAGCAAGCAUGUUACAAGUGUUUCGGACACUUUGUCUUUGUAUUUGUAUUCUCUUUUAACUGAUGGUGAAUCUGUGAUUGUGUAUGAAUGAUUUUCACUGAGAGAGUUUAUAUCAAUCUAUUCUCAUUUCCUA